AUGCUUGCUAAAGUCGUCUUCGCUAUUGCAUUCGCAACUCUUGGUAUGGCCAUGCCCCAACGUGGUGGCAACAACAACAACAACAACGGGAACGCGCAACAGGCGCGUGUUGAGGACCUACGCAACAAAGGACUCACGUGUAACGACCGAGGUGACGGCAUCUUUGUUUGCGAUGACGGCCUCGGUGGUAACUGCUUCAAACUGAAACAAACUCUGGGUGUCAACGAUGGAGGCAUAUCUCGUUCUUGUAUCGAGUAUCUACAAAUUCAUGUUGGACAGAUAAAAACAACAGAUGCUUAUCCAUCACGAGACAUUUCUCACUCAAGUGAAGAAACAAAUGUGAUCUGUGAAUACUAA